GAGUCGGUGAUGGGUUGCUGGGAGGGGAAGGAACGGUGGGGAGGGGAGGGGAGGGAGGAGAGGGAGAGAGGGAGGAGAGGGAGGAGAGGGAGGAGAGGGAGGAGAGGAGGAGAGGGAGGAGAGGGAGGAGAGGGAGGAGAGGGAGGAGAGGGAGGAGAGGGGAGGAGAGGGAGGAGAGGGAGGAGAGGAGGAGAGGGAGGAGAGGGAGGAGAGGGAGGAGGGGAGGAGAGGGAGGAGAGGGAGGAAGAGGGAGGAGAGGGAGGAGAGGGAGGAGAGGGAGGAGAGGGAGGAGAGGGAGGAGGAGGGAGGAGAGGGAGGAGAGGGAGGAGAGGGAGGAGAGGGAGGAGUGGGAGGAGAGGGAGGAGAGGGAGGGGGGAGGGGGAGGAGAGGGAGGGUGGGGGAGAGGGAGGAGAGGGAGGAGAGGGAGGAGAGGGCACAGAGGGAGGUGGCAUGGAAGGAGACGGGCACGGAUAAGUUGGAGAGGAGGGGUACGAAGGCAGU